GAGCCUCCAGGCCCCUGGGCGGCCCGCGGGCGCAGCGCCCAGCAGCGCCGGGAGUCGUUCAGACGCCGGCCCGGGGCCUUUGAGGCCGUGGUCUCGCCGGGCCCCUGGAAAGUUCAGGGCCGGAGAGCCGCGGCGCCGGGCGGCGGGAACCCAUGGAGGCGCGCGGGGAGCUGGUCCCGGGCCGGGAGUCGGCGGGCGGCGACCUGCUGCUGGCGCUGCUGGCGCGGAGGGAAGACCUGCGCCGAGAGAUCCCACUGUGUGCUGGCUGCGACCAGCACAUCCUGGACCGCUUCAUCCUCAAGGCUCUGGACCGCCACUGGCACAGCAGGUGCCUCAAGUGCAGCGACUGCCACAUGCCGCUGGCCGAGCGUUGCUUCAGCCGCGGAGAGAGUGUCUACUGCAAGGACGACUUCUUCAAGCGCUUCGGGACCAAGUGCGCCGCGUGCCAGCUGGGCAUCCCGCCCACGCAGGUGGUGCGCCGCGCCCAGGACUUCGUGUACCACCUGCACUGCUUCGCCUGCGUCGUGUGCAAGCGGCAGCUGGCCACGGGAGACGAGUUCUACCUCAUGGAGGACAGCCGGCUCGUGUGCAAGGCAGACUACGAGACCGCCAAGCAGCGAGAGGCCGAGGCCACGGCCAAACGGCCGCGCACGACCAUCACGGCCAAGCAGCUGGAGACGCUGAAGAGCGCCUACAACACCUCUCCGAAGCCCGCGCGCCAUGUGCGCGAGCAGCUCUCCUCUGAGACCGGCCUGGACAUGCGCGUCGUGCAGGUGUGGUUCCAGAACCGCCGGGCCAAGGAAAAGAGGCUCAAGAAGGACGCGGGCAGGCAGCGCUGGGGCCAGUAUUUCCGUAACAUGAAGCGCGCCCGCGGCGGCUCGAAGUCGGACAAGGACAGCGUCCAGGAAGAGGGGCAGGACAGCGACGCCGAGGUCUCCUUCACCGAUGAGCCAGCCAUGGUCGAAAUGGGCCCUGCCAACGGCCUCUACGGCAGCCUGGGAGAGCCUGCCCCAGCCUUGGGCCGGCCCUCGGGGGCCCCAGGCAGCUUCCCGCUGGAGCAUGGAGGCCUGGCCGGCCCGGAGCAGUACCGAGAGCUGCGCCCCGGCAGCCCCUACGGCGUCCCCCCAUCCCCUGCUGCCCUGCAGAGCCUCCCUGGCCCCCAGCCCCUCCUCUCCAGCUUGGUGUACCCGGAUGCCGGCUUGGGGCUCCUGCCCUCGGGAGCCCCAGGGGGGCCCCCACCCAUGAGGGUGCUGGCAGGGAACGGACCCAGCUCUGACCUCUCCACGGGGAGCAGCGGGGGCUACCCCGACUUCCCUGCCAGCCCCGCCUCCUGGCUGGACGAGGUGGACCACGCUCAGUUCUGACUGAGACCCUCGGCCCCACCGAGCACCGGACACGAGGGGUCUGGGCAGCAGCACGGCCCCUGGCUGGGGGUGGUCUGAGCUGAGCUCUCCUGUCCCCAAAGCCCUGGACCCCUGCAGGACGCAGUGCCACCGGCGGGGGACAGGAUGAGGACUUAGGGAGGGCCCCCCCGGCAGCCCCCUCCCCUAGGCAGAGGGACUCUCCAGCCUCCCGUCUGAGAAGCUCCUCCUGGGACAGGGGCCAGCGCACCUGGUGGCCACUCAGCAAGCCUUGUUUUGUAGGCAGAUUUCUCCCUUCAUCGACCGAUUAACCGAGUGCUCGCUGCAGUUUCCAAACAGGAGCUGACACACACACACACACACACACACACACACACACACACACACACACACACACACACACACACACACACACACACGCCCCCAAGGCCAGGCCUUCACUCCGCUCUGGGGCCUCUGCCCCGACCAGCACAGCCCUCAGGCCGGAAGAUGCUUUAAUUUCUAAAAUUAAAAAAAAAAAAACAUUUUAAUUGUGCUUUCAUUUCCCAGGCUCCGUAUGUCUGAGUUCUAUAGCCCCCUGCCCCCCCCCCACCUUUAGGUCAGAGAUUGGCCUGUCUGGCCAGGCAGGAGGCCACACCUGUGCCCUUCCUGGUCCCUCUGGGGGCCUCCCAGCCACCAACCCCUACCUUCCCCAGGAACCUCCUUACCCCUCUCCCCUGGGGCAACUGGCUCUAGAUAUUCCCGUACUUCUGGGCUCCACUACCCUGGGGUGGGGGGAGAUGGACUCCUUAAGCCCCUAAGGAGCUCCCUACCAGUCACAGCCGCCCCCAGGCCCUCAGCGUCCAGGCUAAGCCCAGGCCCCCGAUUUCCGU